UGAUGUAUAUACCGUACUAUGUUUAUGUACGGGCGUCUAAUAUAUACCUUUCAGCCCUAUAGCUAAAUCGAUGUUUCGGAUAUCUGGGAGCCAUUGUCGAGCGCUUUUCCAGCUCAAUUCUGGACGAAAGGCGCGAAUGGCAACGAUCGCAAGCGCUGGUGCGAGUCAGGCUGUGCUUGACAAGAUCAACAAUGCGGGGCUACUGCGAGCCAAAGGAUUGAUCUCUGGUGAAUGGGUGUCCGCUGAAGACGGUAGAACGCUGCCUGUUUACAAUCCUGCGACUGGUGAGUUUUUAACAGAGGUUCCGCUCAUGGGGGAAAGAGAGACAUUGUCGGCCAUCGACUCUGCACACAACGCGUUUAAGUCAUGGAGUAAAAAGACAUGUUCGGAGAGAAGCAAGCUUCUGCGUAGAUGGUAUGAGCUCAUACUUGAGAAAAAAGAGGAGAUAGCUCAGCUUAUGACUCUAGAACAAGGAAAGCCUUUGAAAGAAGCCCUUGGUGAGGUCUCGUAUGGAGCUGGCUUCAUAGAGCUUUUUGCUGAGGAAGCAAAGCGCACAUAUGGCGAUAUUAUACCAUCGCCUUAUCCAGACCGGCGAUUACUCGUUGUAAAGCAGCCUGUUGGUGUUGUAGGUACGAUAACUCCGUGGAAUUUUCCCCUUGCCAUGAUCACACGCAAGGUUGCUCCAGCACUUGCAGCAGGCUGCACAGUAGUGAUUAAGCCUGCAGAACUUACGCCCUUGACUGCAUUAGCUGCUGCAGAACUAUCCAUUCAAGCUGGUAUACCCCCUGGAGUCAUCAACGUUGUCAUGGGAGAUGCUCCGCAAAUCGGAGCUGCACUUUUGGAGAGCACUAAGGUUCGCAAAAUCUCAUUCACUGGGUCUACACAAGUGGGUAAAAAGCUUAUGGCUGGAGCAGCAAGUACCGUAAAGCGGUUAUCUCUUGAACUUGGUGGAAAUGCACCAUGUAUCAUACUGGAUGAUGCAGACAUAGAAGUGGCUGUUAAAGGAGCCUUGGCUUCCAAGUACCGGAAUAGCGGCCAGACCUGUGUUUGUGCCAAUAGAGUCCUUGUCCAAGAUGGUAUAUAUGACAAGUUUGCGGAGGCUUUUAUUCAAGCGGUAUCUGGCCUUAAGGUUGGAAAUGGUUUGGAAGAAGGGGUCACGCAGGGUCCCCUGAUUAAUGAAGCAGCUGUGAAGAAGGUAGAGCAACACGUUGAAGAUGCAUUAUCGAAGGGUGCAAUGCUCCUGGCGGGAGGCCAUCGACAUAGGCUUGGUGCCGCCUUUUACGAGCCAACUGUUCUCGGAGAUGCAACAGAAGAGAUGCUAAUAAUGAAAGAGGAAGUUUUUGGGCCUGUUGCACCCCUGAUUAGAUUCAAAACAGACGAGGACGCAAUCAGGAUUGCCAACAGCACCGAAGCUGGAUUGGCUGCGUAUCUUUUUUCGGGAAGCAUCUCUAGAGCUUGGCGUGUGGCGGAGGCAUUAGAAUAUGGAAUGGUUGGUUGGAACGAAGGAGUGAUUUCUACGGAGGUCGCUCCAUUCGGGGGUGUUAAACAAUCCGGGCUUGGUCGUGAGGGAUCCAAAUACGGAAUCGACGAGUACCUGGAGAUGAAGUACAUAUGCAUAGGAAAUAUGUUGCCUUGAUUGCUUUUAAAUUCUUAUUGUUAUAUAUGAUUGCCAAGAAAAAAAGCUACUUGAACAAUUGUUUUUUCC